AUGGACUUUCUCCUCGGUCUAUUGACGUACCUGGCUUGGGGACGGAGUCUCGCCUUUGACGGGCUCCGUAUGCCACGGCUCAUGAUACAUGCCAUAUUGCUGGUCAGACAGAUGCGUCUGGAUCAGGCAGUCCCUGAGCGGGGGCACAUCACGGAACCCGUUGCCGCGUUGUUUGCCGGCGACAGCGGCGGCGGCGGCAACAAGUUUGGCUACGCGGGCCAACUGACACCGGCACAAUUUCUGGAGCGCCAGCGUGCCGUCCUCGGGUGUUUUGUGCUCAGCUCCGCCGUCUCGGCCUACUGCGGUCAUGUUGAUGCUCUUCGUUGGACGACGCACAUGGAGCAAGGCCUUGCGGCCAUCAGCGCAAACAAGGCAUGUCCCACAGACGAAGCGUUCGCUCUGCAGGUCCGUUUGCAGCUCCUUGCCUACCAAAGCAAUCAGCUCCUUCGACAGCAUGACUUGAACCCAGGCUCUAGCGUAUCAGAGGCGUCAACAUCUCCCGCUCUCAUGUCUCUCGAGACACAUCUGGAGCAGCUCCACAAACUUCAGCCGGGUGUGUCCUCAGGCCUGCUGUAUGGGAAGUUGGCCAUGGCGCACGCACACUCUGUAGAGCUAUGCCUCAAUCUGAGCCUCUACUCCCUCGCGUCGACCGUGCCGGUCAUGCUGCGACAGUUUGGCAGGAUGACUCGCAGCGGACCUACGAGCGGCUUGUCCGAGGGCACGACGGAUAGCAGGACGGCCCGGCACGAGCAAACACAGCGCCUCUGGCAGUGCACGCGCUCUGGCAAAGCGUGCGUGUCGGCCAUGCUUGGCCUCUCGCCGUCCGAGCUUGCAAACGUCUCCUUCAUCCAGUGGGAGCAGCUGACACGCUCUGUCGCCGUUCUUCAUCAUCUCGCCACGGAACUGGAAGACCCGAUUUGGGACCGACAAGCAAUGCGUGCUGACGCUGAUGUGCCUGGGCUUUUCGAAGGUGCUGUGAACAAGCUGCGGCUAGUUGCCGAAUGGAGAGGGGAGAAGGACCCCGGCGACGCCUUUACCGGCUUGGCUUGCAAGUUGUGCAAGUGGUGCUCCGAUGGUUAUGGCGUAGUAGUGGAGCGCGCCACUGCCGAUGCCUAUCGGUCGUUUGCAAUUGCCAUUCAAUCCUUGUUGACGGGUAGUCGCCACGCCGGUCAUCUUUCUCUAGCGCCCUUUGACCUCAACGGCUCUGGCUCCGGUUAUCCUAAUACGAAACGGGACCUGACUACUGCAUCAGAUAAAGUUCGUGGUACAACCUCAGGAUGUCCUACCGCGGCGGCUUCGACCAACGCGGGCGCGGUGGUCCUCGUGGUGGAGGAGGCCCUCGCGGUGGUGGAGGCCAUCGCGGUGGAGGCGGCCCUCGCGGCGGAGGAGCGCCUCGUGGUGGCUUCGGCCGCGGAGGUGCUGCAGGCCCGCCAACAGUGUUCAGAGGACGCUAUCCAGGCGAGCCGACGAGCCCUCAGCCUCGACAGCCUUCAGCUCAAGGCUGCCUUUCCCACACGGCCCGGCUACGGCACCAAGGGCAAGGCCAUCGUUCUCUGGAGCAACUACGUCACGUUUGCCGUCGCCCCUAAGCUCGUUCUGUAUCGCUACGACAUGUCCAUCCAGCCCAGUGCUCCCAAGAGAAAGACGACGCAGAUUAUUCGCCUCCUGCUUCAGUCGUCCGAGCUCAACCGUGUUCGAGAUGAAGUCGUUACCGACUUUCGGUCGACACUCAUAUCUCGUCAGGAGUUUCCCGAUCAGGCCGUGCAAAUCACGUAUCGCGAGGAAGACGAGGACGAUCCCGCCGAGAACGCCACGGUGUACACGGUGACGCUCCAGCGCACCAAUGUGCUGUCCACUUCUGAGCUCAUCGACUACGUCACGUCGACGAACGUGUCGGCCAAUUACGACGCCAAGCUGCCCAUGAUUCAGGCUUUCAACAUCUUUCUGAACCAUUACGCCAAGUCGACCGGCAGCCUUGCCACCAUCGGUUCGUCCAAGACGUUUGCCAUGGACCCGGCCGCCUCCGACCAGUUUGACCUCGGCGGUUGUCUCACCGCUAUCCGCGGUUUCUACGCCAGUGUCCGCGCGGCCACGGCCCGCGUGCUCGUCAACGUCAAUGUCAGCCAUGGAGCGUUCUACCAAGAGGGCCCGCUCGAUCGGUUCAUCAUGACGUUUGGCAAGGCCCGUGGGUUCUACAAGCUGGAGCGCAUCUUGAAGAAGCUCCGCGUAACGACAAAUCAUCUCCGGGAGAAGAGAAACCGCAACGGCAAAGUCAUCCCACGGGUCAAGACAAUCAUUGCCUUGGCAAGCCCUCGUGAUGGCCAAGGCCUGCCGCAUCCGCCGCGCGUGCGAGAACACGGCGCGGGUUCAAACGGGGUUGAGUUCUGGCUUGACGCUCAGCCCGCAGCAUCGUCUGCUUCGUCCGCCGGCACGAAGAAGGGAGGCAAGGGCAGCAAAGCGGGCCCGCAGAAGGCACCAUCCGAAGGCCACUAUAUCUCGGUCUAUGACUUUUUCUUGAAGACGCACAACAUCAAGAUCGCCGACCCCUCCAUGCCCGUGGUCAACGUCGGCACUCGCGACCGGCCGUCCUACCUUCCUGCGCAAGUCUGUUCCGUGAUUCCAGGCCAGGCAGCGCAAACAAAGCUCGACCCUGGCCAAACGCAGAACAUGAUCAGGUUCGCAGUCCGGCGGCCAGCCGACAAUGCCACGUCGAUCGUCAGCCAGGGUCUGAGGACGGCUGGCCUUUCUCCUGCCACCAACCCGCUACUGGCCACGUUCGGCGUCACUGUCGGAACGGAUCUCGUCACCGUCCAUGGUCGCAUUCUCGCUACGCCGAGGGUCCUGUACAAGGCCAACCAAAAGGCCCAAAUGAUGGCCGGCGGUUGGAACAUGGUUCCCCAAGGCGGCCCGGCCCUCAAGUUCAGCACUACUAUGGCGCUGAGGACUUGGUCGUGCCUGUACAUUGAAUUCCCUCCAGAAUUCUACCACGACGCGCAUAAGUUUACGAUGGAAGGCCUCACUGAUGUGAUGAACAAAUUCUACGCCGUCUUAGUAGGCACUGGAAUCGCCGCCAGCACCCCCAUGAAGCCACAGCGCGUCCGCCUCCGCGACGAGGAGGACCCGGCUCUAGAUCAGUGUCUUCAACGCGCUGCCAACUCUUUGGACCUACUCUUCGUGGUACUGCCUGCCGGCCCGAUUCCUCUAUACAACCGCAUCAAGUAUCUCGGCGAUGUCAAAUAUGGUAUCCAGACAGUUUGCUGCGUCGGCAAGAAGCUUGCCAAGGCUAGCGGCCAAGACCAAUACUUGCGCAACGAGGCUCUCAAGGUCAACCUCAAGCUCGGCGGCAGCAACCAAGUCGUGGAGCCCAUGCGAAACGAUUUGAUCGCCGAUGGUAAAACGAUGGUUGUUGGCAUCGACGUAACCCACCCUUCUCCGGGCUCCAGCUCUGAGGCUCCCAGCAUCGCCGGCAUGGUUGCCAGUGUGGACAAGUCCAUGGGGCAGUGGCCUGCUGCCCUGAGAAUUCAGCCCCAGAGACGACAAGAAAUGGUGGCGGAUCUCAAAGACAUGCUACUGUCUCGUCUGAGGCUUUGGCACACCAAGGGAAAGAAUGCCUCGCUUCCCGAAAACAUACUGGUGUAUCGCGACGGCGUCUCCGAGGGCCAGUACCAGCUCGUCCUGAACGAAGAGCUGCCGCUUCUUCGCGCUGCCUGUAAAGAGAUUUAUCCAACUGACGCACAGAAAAAGGGAUUGCCUCGCAUGACUGUCGUCAUUGUUGGAAAGCGGCACCACACGCGGUUCUACCCGAGCUCGGAGGCUGACAUGGAUCGUUCCGGCAACACCAAGCCCGGUACCGUUGUCGACCGCGGCGUCACCGAGGGGAAAACUUGGGACUUUUUCCUUCAGGCGCACGCUGCACUGCAGGGCACUGCGCGGCCGGCACACUACGUCGUGGUGCUGGAUGAGAUCUUUCGUGCGAGACACGCGCGUUCGAGUGCCGAGGCGGCUGCCUCGGAUGAGCUGCAAGAGUUGACGCAAAACAUGUCCUACACGUUUGGGCGCGCGACAAGGGCGGUCAGCAUUUGCACGCCGGCCUACUAUGCGGAUAUUCUCUGCGAGAGGGCCAGAUGCUACCUGUCCAGCCUGUUUGAAGGAUCGACCAACGCGUCUGUGACGGACACUGCUGGUGGCGUUGGCAGUGCGAGUGAUGACAUCAAGACGCACGAGAAACUCAAGGACACGAUGUUUUACAUCUAA